CUACCGUUGACCUCAUCUUCCCCUCUUUCUGCUCCCACCUCUCCUGCGCAGCCCUUGAGAACUAUUUCCAUCAACAUGCCUCUCGCCAAAGCUAUCGCCCAAGGAACAGUCCUCGCUGAAUCGCCCACCUGGGAGACUGUUGAGGGAAACGUUUAUUUCCCCCCGUCAGCACUGAAGGAUAGAUCCCAGUUCGUGGAAACGGACUUGACCACGUACUGUCCGUGGAAAGGGACUGCGUCGUACUAUUCGAUUGCCAUCGGAGAUGAAACACUUUCCAAUGCAGCGUGGUACUAUCCGACGCCGUAUGACGCUGCCUUGAAUAUCAAGGAUCACAUUGCGUUUUACAAGACAAAGGUUGAAGUAGUAGUUGAAUAACCAUCUCGCCAAUACGUCGGUAUUCGAGACCGAAGCACAGUGUAAUGAACGGGUUGGGCGAUAUGGGUGACAAGGUUGUUGCAUAGUCAUCGUUGAAGUUUCGGGGAGCAGGAGUGGGGCUUUCGUUAAGUGUAGCUUUAUGAGAUAUUGGACGAAGGAACAGGGUAUUUUCCCAAUAUCAAAGGACGGAGGCUUUCAGACUCUGAUGAUAUAAUCAUCCACAAGGCACUGUCGCGCUGGUCAGCUCGGUCAACAGUCCCGUCCAGUCUGUGUCUUCAAAAGUGUAGUUGUAGCCGUUCUCGAGAAACUCCGACCAUAUAUCUUCGAG